AUGGAACCCGGGUCACCCAAACCCGAUCCGAUUCCCUCUUCUCCAUCCACGUCAGCACCAACAAGCCGUUACGAGUCGCAGAAACGCCGCGACUGGAACGCGUUCCUACAAUACCUACGGAGCCACAAACCUCCCCUGACUCUAUCCCGAUGCAGCGGCGCGCACGUGCUCGAGUUCCUCAAGUACCUUGACCAGUUCGGAAAAACCAAAGUCCACGUGUCAACCUGUCCAUUCUUCGGACAUCCGGACCCACCAUCUUCUUGCUCUUGUCCACACAAACAAGCUUGGGGAUCUCUCGACGCGAUGAUCGGUCGGCUUAGAGCUGCUUACGAAGAAAACGGUGGACGACCCGAGUCGAACCCGUUUGCUGCACGUGCCGUUAAGAUUUAUCUGAGGGAAGUCAAAGAGAGUCAAGCUAAGGCUCGUGGGAUCUCUUACCAGAAAAAGAAACAUAAAAAGCAAACCACCGUUAGAUUGGAUGGUGACGGGAAUAACAGUGGUUCUCCGGCGGCUUCCGGCGCCGUACUUCCCGGAUAG